UGGAUUGUGUGCAGCCUCGGUUCGAGUAUCACAACGGUUCUUUUUCGUUUGGAAACUCAACUCAAGCCGCCGAAACUGAGUAGCAAGUCAUGUUUGAUUUUAGCAGUACAAGAAUCUUCUGAAAUGAUUUCUCAUGAUCAGGAUAAAGCUAUAGACAUAUCUUUGGAUAUGGUUAAGUCUCUGUUUGUUUUACCAAGUUCUGACAAGGAAGACAGUAAAGUGAAAAGCAAAGAUUCAUUCAACAAUUCAACAAUUUCUGAACCUCUCACAGAGGAGUUUCUCCUAUCCAGUUUUGGUGGCAUGUUUUCUAGUAGUGAAUUUAGCAGCUGGCCAGAUUCAAAUGGGAUUGGAACAGACAAAGAAACCAAGAAUGUAAGUUCUUAUUCAAAAGGAAAGAAGAAAAAUGUGAAGUUUAAGAAAGGUAUUGAUAUAAUAGGACAAGAUGCCAGGAAAAAGAAUCCAGCUUCAAAGAAGAACUUGAAAAAAGUUGAUGGAACGGCACAUCUUCCAAGAAAUGGUAAUAAAGCUUCAAAAAGUUCCAGUAACAAGCAAAUUAAUACUUCAAAGGACAAAGAACAAAAUAAAACUUCACAAGAGAUAAAAAGUAAAGUUAAGUUAACAGAAGUUGAAGACAACUGUGACUUUUCUGUUGCAGAUGAUGAUUUUAGUGAUGAUUCCUGUGCUCUAGUCAUUGAUGACAAUAAGUUACUUGAUGUAGUUGAUUUUCAAACUGUAAACACCCCAAUAUUAAACGAAAUUGCAAUUAGCAUACCAGGGAAAGGGCAAGCUGAAAAAGAAUUUUCUAAUAUGCAAAGUAGAGAGGUAUCCAAGGCAAAAUCAGCAGAAAAAGUUAUUUCAGAUUUUAAAAGAAAGAGGGACCAUGUCAAACCCAAGAUGCAGAAAAGAGAUGAGAAGAAAGUAUGUGUUGAUAGUGUUAAUUCUGUUUGCAAAGGUGAAAUGGUUGAUCUUGAAACUAUCAAACCUCUUGUAAAAUGCCCAGUUUUUGAAGAGGCUGUUUCAAAAGAUAGUAGCUUUUUUCUAAACGAGGAUCAUAACGAUAAUAAGAAAGACUCUUCAGUUACUGCUUGUGAACCUAGUGGACUUAUAGGCAGCCACCAAACAAAAUGUAAUGAUACGAAACAUGUACCUGUAAGUACAUAUGAAGGCUCAAUGAUGUCUUGUGUUGACAGAGAUGAUGUAUUUGCUAUCUUGUCAAGUGAGGUAGUGACUGAUGCUGUUAUUAUUAGUGACUCAGAUGUUGAUGACGAAUUGCCACUCAUACAGCUGAAAAAAGAUAAAAGUGUUGAAAAAAGUUUUGCUCAUGAAAGAAAAGCACUAAAAGACAGGUCUGAUAUGGAGAGGUCUGAAAAUGAACUUGAUAGGUUGACAUAUAAAGAGGUUACUCCUAAGAUUUCAUCUAGUUUGCAGCAAGCUGAAAAUGUAUUGUACAAUAGUAAAAAGCAAACAUCCCAGUCAGAAGAAAGCUUGCCGAGUGACUACAAAUCGAAUUUUGAUCUACUAAAACAUCUAGUUGGCUCUACGUCUACAUCAAAUCUCUUUCCAAUUGUUACAGACACAUGUAUACUUCCAGUUGUGAACGAGGCAGCCUUUAUCACAACUGCAUGUGGCAACAAAGUUCCAUUGCAAAACAGUUCUUAUUUUAAACAAAAUAUCACUAGCUCUUGUCAGUCUGAUAGCAUACCAAGAGGAUCAGUUGUAACAAGAACUCAGUUAACUGGAAUACAAACUGUCACAACUGCAUCAAGAACAGAACAUGAUGAUAAAUAUUUUUCUUGCAAAUCUCAAGUUUCCUCACUUAGCACUGAGCAAUAUGUACCUGUCAGGAAAAAACAGAAGUUUACUAACACUUUUGAUCAGAAACUGAAUGAAACCAGAACAAUGCCAACAGACCAUUUAUUAUCUACUUCAAAAAUUAUUCAAAGAGCUGAAGGACAAAAUUUUAAAGUAUUGAGGGAAGAGGUAGAUAGUACUGAUGUUUCAUGGUCUGUCAAGGCUCCAAUAUUGUCAGAGGUCAAUGCAUCCAGUAAAAUGAAUCAUCCAGAAGUGUUCAGUCAUAGAGAACAUGAAUUCAACUCAUCAGUUUCUGAUUCAAGGUUUGGGAAUAUUUCAAAUCCUGACUUUUCUGAUCUAAAGAAAGGGCCUUGUCAAUCAGAUUUACAUCUUCGCCAAACCCUAACACAAAAAAUACCAGCUUCAAGUAAUGUCUUUUUAACUGACAGUUCACACAAUAGUAGCUAUAAAUUUGAAGCUCAAAAUUGGAUAAAAGAUACAAGGACUAUGCCAGAGUUAAUCUCUACGUCAAACAUGCAUACUCAAACACAAUCUUCUAAUCAAGCUUCUUAUGACUUGCUUAUUGGUAUUAAAAAUCAGUUGAACCAAAUCCAGAAGAAUGUAGAUACUUUACAACAAGAUUACAUGAGAUUUAAAAAAGAUUUUUAUUCUGAAAAAUGCCAGACAAGCUCAGGUUUAGCUCCAAAGAAUACUGGUCUUGAUGAAAUCCAUCUUGAAAGUAGCAACAAUGGCAUCUGUCUAAGUGCUCCUGGACAGCAUAUGCCAAAAAUCACAUUGAGGGGGAUUAAAAACAUAAUUAUUGAUGGCGGUGACUGAAAUCUGCAUGUUUGGUAUGAGCAAAGGCCAGGUGUUUAUGACAAUAGCUCCAGUUUGCAAAGAAGGCAAGCCAGCAGGAAAUAUGAAACAAUCUGAAACGUUAGAGGUUUGCAUUUAUGUUUUUAGAAUAGACAAGCAGCGAGUUUUGACUUGUAGGAAAUUUUGUGCCAGAAUUCUGUCUUGACUGCUAUUCAAUAAGUCGGAACUAAAGUGUCCUUGUCAAAUAGUUAUUUGCUAAAUUGAUGAUAAAACUGAGCAACCAAUAAAUUUUUUUACAAAUCAGCGCAUUCUAUUCAACUUUUUUGAUGAAAAGUUGUAAUUGUUACCAAGCAUCUCAUUUAGUUUUUUAAUUUUCAUUUUGGUUCUGUAUAGAUUAAGCAAAGGUUUGUUUAUGUUUUGUUAUUUUACUUAAGUUUGUAGUUUUUGAAUGCUAAAAGUACUUGCCAAGUCUUCAAGGGACUCAUUUUGCGUCUAAAAUCAACUUGAUUUAGAAUUGAUACCUGCAUGAAUAGCUGCAUCAACGCUGGGUGCUUUUUGUCUUCUUGCUGCGUUUUUCUCAUUACGUUAUCAAUUUUGUGUACAUAUCGUAGCUGUACUGUAAGUUGUUGCAUAAUUUGAUACAUUUGUCCAGUUUCUA